AUGGCGUGUUUCUUUGGAUGUGGAUUUGCGCGAGUUGCAGUCAAACAGAGCUUCACAAAUCCAACGGGAAAGGUGGAGUACGACCAAGACAUCAGAUUAAAAAAGUACCUUACAGUUUUUGAAGGACACCUAGAGCGAUAUGAGGUAGACAAGCAUUCUUAUGCAGGCCAUCUGACAGGGUGCGGAAAAAAAUGAAAAAUUAUGCGGAAAUUUCGGGCAAUAUUAUGCGGAAGAAAGUGCCAAUUAUGCGGAAAAGACAACAGAUUAUGCGGAAAUUUCCAACGAAACGAUCACGGCUUCGCAGCUCAUUUCUAAAAAAACGAUCACGGCUUCGCCGCUCACUUCUAACAAAACAAUCACGGCUACGCCGCUCAUUUCAACGCAAAGUACGGUAAAAACGAUAAACGGAAAUAUCAACAAGCUCUUACCAAGAAUUUGAGUUCAUUACAUCUUUUAAACAUAAUGCNCGACUUUCCCGCGCUCGUAUCAAACGCAGUUUCUAUCAGUUCCUGCUAUUGGCUAAAAUACAAACGCCAUCUAUCCAAUAGAAAUUAGCAUUAUAAAAAACUAGUUUCCAGGACACCCCAGAAAGUGCAUGGAACGCCUGGGGGGUUAAAAAAUGUGGUGUACGAACAAGCAACGAACAAACAGAGUAUUUUCUCGCUGAUUUGGGCAAAAUAUUUCUUCAAAAUGAUCAAUCUCUUCACUAAUUUUGCUUCUGAGGACGGUAAGCAAUUCCACCUUUGCUUAUAUGGAGCAAUUUUUUAGUAUUGUGCGGAAAAAUGCCCUCAAGAUGCGGAGGAUGCGGAAGUUGGUCAAUUAUGCGGAUCCGCACCACCGCAUCCUGUCAGAUGCCCUGCUUAUGACAAGCGCUCCAAGAGCCUUGUACACCAUUUUGGAAAAUGGAAGCUAAAAACUAACAAGGAUAAAUACACAGAACAUUUCAGCCCCGGCAACUGGGAAAAACUGAGCUACUACGAAAAGAAGCAACACACUCGCACAAAUUGCGAGGCUUGUUAUACUCAUCACUUUCCUUUUCAAUCUUUAUUUCCCAUGUAG